UUAAGCUGCAGUUUGAUCCAGCUGGCUAGCUUUGAGUCGCUCUUUAGCUGCAAGUCAAGUGAAUUGAAGAAGCAUGUCUAUUCGGUUAUUUGUACGGGGUGCGAUUAGACACCUGAAGAACAGAAUCACGAACCCGCAAUACGGGACUUUUCGGAGGACCACAACGACAGUUAAAAACUCUGCACUCCUGCUUGCUCUACCUCCACUCUCUUAUCUGGGAUAUGAAGCAUAUAAGAGGAUGUCUAGUGUAGGUGCAGUCUUUGCACUUGACAGAGCUGAAGAAGUUCUAGAGCAAGCUGAUUACUUAUACAGUUGUGGAGAGACAGAGAAACUUUACCAGCUCCUGCUGCAGUAUAAGGACAGCGAUGACGCGGAGUUCCUGUGGAGGCUGGCACGGGCUUUACGUGAUCUCUCCAUACUGCCCAACAUCGUGUCUGAGCAGAAGAAAAAACUCACCUACGAAGCUUUUGAAUACAGCAAGAAGGCACUGGAGAAAAACAAAUCUUGCUUUGCUGCACACAAAUGGUAUGCUAUAUGCCUAAGUGAUGUAGGAGAUUAUGAAGGGAUCAAAGUUAAAAUUGGAAAUUCCAUCAUCAUUAAGGACCAUUUGAAGAUGGCUAUUGAGUUAAAUCCAAAAGAUGCAACAUCUAUCCAUAUCUUGGGUUAUUGGCACUACGCCUUUGCAGAGUUGCCAUGGUACCAGCGCAAAAUAGCGGAGGUCAUCUUUGCCUCCCCACCGACGGCUACUUAUGAAGAGGCUCUGACAUAUUUCCUGAAAGCUGAGGAAGUUGACCCAAACUUCUACAGCAAGAAUCUGCUUAUGCUUGGGAAGACGUACAUGAUGCUUAAUGAGCAGAAGGCGGCAGUUGAUUGGCUCCAGAAAGCAAGGGACCAUCCUGCCAUCUCAGAAGAAGACAAACAGGUUCAUAAGGAAGCACUUGAUUUGCUUAAGAAACUAAGUGGCUGAUUAAUGGUGAGCCAUGAAUAGGAUCAUUAUUAUAUAAAUGUGAAUCUUAUACCCUGCGUCUAAUUCAGGGUUUUUUUUUCCCUUACAUUUUUAAAAAAAUGUAUUAAUCAGUUAUAUUAAAUUUGAGAACUUUAGAUCAUAAGGCAGAUACGUGUUCCAGAGAUAGUUACAGUUGGUUCCAAAAUUCUCACACCCACAAGUUUUGAUUCAAGAUGUCCUCAGGAUAUUUUACAAGUUAGAUAUUUUAAUAUACUUACCCAAAUUGAUAUUUAUAUAGCAGCAAGUAGCCUGCCAGUAGUUACAUGAAGUCUUCUACCAAUAGUUGCUAUAAACACUGUAAAACCAUUUGAAGUUACUCUGCUGGAAUUUUUAUGAAGUUUAGUGCUAGAAUCUCCCUUAAGUAUCUUCAUCCUGAGUGUAAUAUAUGCUUUUUAUUGUAAUGUUAAUUACAAUGAGCUCUGAGGGGAAUCAAAGAGCCUCACGUUAGUUGGAGAUUGCAAAAUUAAAGCCAUUUUACCAUUUUC